GGAUUUUGAAAAUUCGAACUUGUUGAAAAUCCUCUUCUUGCUGACUGCUAUCAAUCUUUUUUUUCCUUUCAUCAUCGGAACCUCUCAAUCUGCUUCUUCUUCUCUGCAAUCUCCCAGGAUUUCGCAUCAACCCUACUUUCUAUGGCUCCUAAGAAGUUUAGCUUGAACCCUUUUGAUGAUGAUGAUGAUGAUGAAGAGGUUGAUAAAAGAGUCACUUCAUCGUUGAAGCCACUGGAUGCAAAGACCCGGUACAGGAAUGAUGGAGUUCUGGAGAAGGAGAACCAGACAACGGUUCAGGAGCUUGAGAGCUACGCUCUGUACCAGUCUCAUGAAACAACUAAAACCGUACAAGGGUGUUUGAAAGUAGCUGAAGAGAUUAGAUCUGAUUCUUCUAGGACUUUAGUCAUGUUGAAUGAGCAAGGCGAACAGAUCAUGAGAACACACCAGAAGACGGUUGACAUCGAUCAUGAUCUUUCUCGGGGUGAGAAGCUUCUUGGAAGCCUCGGAGGCAUUUUUUCAAGGACUUGGAAACCAAAGAAGACUCGUUCCGUAACUGGUCCUGUCAUAACUAAAGGUGAUUCCCCCAAGAGAAGAAGAGUUAACAACCAUUCUGAGACUAGGGAAAAGCUGGGGCUGAACCAUUUACCCAAACCACAGUCAAGAACCCGUGAUACGCUCCCCGAAUCAGCUGAUGCUUAUCAGAAAAUAGAGAUGGAGAGAGCAAAACAAGAUGAAGGCCUUUCAGAUUUGAGCGACCUUCUUGGCGAGCUGAAGAAUAUGGCAUUGGACAUGGGAACGGAAAUCCAAAGGCAAAACCAUGGACUGGAUCAUCUUCAUGACGAUGUUGAAGAGCUUAACUACAGAGUCAACCAAUCAAACCAACGGGCUCGCCGUUUACUCCGGAAGUAAAAGUAGCCAGAACUCUAUUCAUAACCAAGCUCGUCAGCUCCUCCAUUCUUCUGAUGGAUUUGUUGCUUUAAAGUCAAACAUAGAUUUCAAUAUUUUAGUUCUGAUCUUAGUGAAGUUGAAACAUUUUAACUA